AUGGCAAUGCGCAUCCCGGACUUCAGACGGGAAAACAUCUCCCUCUACACAAUCCCGGUCUUCUGGGUAAACCAAACCUCCAAAUCCAACAACCUCUCUGUACAAACCAACUAACCACCUCCCCUCCCGAUACAGGCCAUCAUCAUGUACCCGCGCUACUACGCCGCGACAACCUACAACAAACACACCCAAAAAUCCCUCGACGGCCGCAAACCCCGCGAAUUCGCCCAGACCAUCCAAGACAGUGCGCAGCUCGACGCGACCACCAAAGGCCGACUCGCUCGCGCCGAAGCAGCCGUGGCCAAUGGAUUCGAAAACUUCGGCCCCUUCGCCGCUGCGGUCGUGGCGGGCUCCGCCGCGAAGCUCGACCCUGCUUUCCUCAAUAGCGUCACCAUCGGGUUCCUGGUCUCCCGGGUGGUGUAUAACUGGGUGUACAUCACCGGGGAGUCGACGUGGAAGGCGAAGAUGAGAGGGGCGACGUAUAUGUCUGGCAUGGGCAUGUUGUUUGCGAUUUUCAUCUCGGCGGGGAAUCGAUUGAAGCAGGCGGUCUUGUGA